GGACCCGGAGGGGAAGGAAGAGAGAACAGAACAAGAGCUCUGACAGGAGCAGGCAAGCCGCCCGCUCUGGCCCAGUGCCACGGAGAGGAGGGGCAGCCAAUCCCCAGAGCCCAUUAAAAAGCCAAGCUUAGCCGAAGCCAGAAGAAGAAAACACCUCCAUAGAAGGCAGCGGCGGCAGCAGAGCAGCUACGAUCUGCGAGGCUUCCUCUUCUUUCAGCGGCGGGAUCCUUUGCCAGGCCCCAGUGAGAAGGCCGAGCGCAAGCCAAACUUUCGGGACUGCCUCCUGUUCUUGAAGCGCAAGAAGCCCUACCGGGAUCGCCGCAAACGUAGAGCUCAGAAGAUCGACUGAGCGGGCGCGCGCGCGCGCGCGUCUGAAUGAGGCGGCAGGAGCAGUGAAAUCUCACCCACCCGCCAUCCUUCCCUACCUCCCUCCCUGUCUCUCUCUCUCUCUCUCUCUUUUGGUGUGCAAGAUGAGCGCUACGCUCCCGAGCCUUCUGGCCUCGCUGGCCGUGUUGCUCCUGGGAAGGAUGGACCGCCUCGCCGACGCCUGCAGUUGCUCCCCAGUGCAUCCGCAACAAGCGUUUUGCAAUGCAGAUGUAGUGAUCAGAGGGAAGGCUGUCUCUGCAAAAGAGGUGGACUCCGGUAAUGACAUCUAUGGAAACCCCAUCAAGCGCAUCCAGUAUGAAAUCAAGCAGAUAAAGAUGUUUAAAGGGCCCGAUCAGGACAUUGAAUUCAUCUACACAGCUCCUUCCUCAGCUGUUUGUGGUGUGACGCUGGAUGUUGGUGGCAAGAAGGAGUAUCUCAUUUCAGGUAAGGAAUAA